AUGACUGAACAUUCCGAGCUUUCAGAGUUCCUCUCCGACGCCUCCGCCCUUUUUCACCCAGAGGCUGAAAAAGAUAAAAUGGAAGCCCAAGUAAUUCACUAUUCCGGUGCAAAUUACUUGAAUGGCAUCCCAACUCGAGAUGAUAUAGUUGCGGAAAAUGAUGGAGGUUUAACAGCAAUUCUUGAUAAUGCUUUAUCCAAUUACCAAGAGAUCCCUUUCAUGGCCGUUGAUUUUGGAGGGUUGUCAGAAAAAAUAGGAGAAAAGAACCGUUAUGUUUUGCGUCUUUAUGGCUCUCUUAUCAAUGGCCAAAAAGCAGUAGUUACCCUUAUAGGAAUCCGGGUAUUCUUUGAUAUUCGCGUACCUGAGAAGGAAUCUGUGGAUGACUUUAAGAUAAAAAUAGACGAAAUUCUAUGUAGUACUAUAAACGCUAGAGCCUAUCGAGAUAGAAAGAAAGCCCUCCAAGCCAUCCAAGAUAAUGAUUUCGAAACUGCAUCAGAUGAUAUAUCCUCAUUUCACCGUAAAAUAGCUAGAGAGAAUGGAAUUGCAAUUUCUGGUUGGUCCAUGAUGAGCAAGUAUUGUUGCAGAAAACAUCCUCAAUAUACAUACGAUUUUCACGUUUCUGUAAAUCAUUUUCGAGCAGUAGAAGACCUAAAAAUGAUAAGUGACCGUUUUCCGCUUCCAGCACUCAUAAGAGAUCGUACGCUUAUCCUCACGUGGGAUAUAGAGACGCAAUCACGAGAGCUGGGAGAAUUUGCUGAAGUACAUAAUAAAGAGGAUAAUGUAUUUAUGAUUUGCAUGACCUUGCAUUGGAAAGACGAUCCAAAACCGCUAAAACAAAUCUGUCUCGUCGAUCUUGAAACUGCGCCAGACCCACGCUGGAUAACAGUUGUAUGUAGAAAUCAGCCAAAUUUAUUAAAGGCAUUUGCAUUAUGUUGGAGAGCCUUUCAACCUGAUAUCCAGCUCGGUUUCAAUGAUUCUGAUUAUGAUUGGCCAUUCAUUGUGGAAAGAGCUUCUAGACUUAAUCUUCUCGAAUGGAUGUGGAAGCAGAUGACGGGAGACUUUAAAUCAUCUGAAGAAAUUCAAAAAUGGAAUUAUUAUGGAAAGAUAGGGGUAAACUCUAAAAAUACUUUUCAGAAGAAAAAAGGUGCUACUGAUAAUGAGGAGGAAGAAGAGUUCAAGGUACAGCCAAUCAAGGUUAAAAUUUGUCCAGAGGAAAAUUUCAUUUCCACUUUUCUUAAAAUACCAGGCUGUGUGCCAAUUGACGUACGUGUAUGUUUUAAGAAACUCUACCCUCGCGCAGAAGUAGAUAGGAAAAGCUCGCUUGCGUUUUACUUAAAAAAAUGUGGACUUGAUGGUAAGGCAGAUAUGCCAUAUAAUAAAAUGUGGAGAAUCUACUCAGAAGCGAAAGCGGGCACCUCCCUAAGAGAAUCGCAUUCUUCUGCCAUGCAAAACAUGCAUGAAGUAGCAUAUUAUUGUAUUAUAGAUGCAUUGCGUUGCCAGGAGCUCAUGGUUAAGCGAAAUAUAAUUAAUGAAUAUAGGGAGGUCGCUUCUUUAGCUUACGUAUCUUUGUUCGAUUCUCAUUAUCGAGCAAAUGGAAUGAAGGUGCGAAACCUUCUAGGUGCUUAUGCCACCAAACUUGAUAUGCUAUUUAGCACGAGACAGAGUAAAAAUAUAGAAAAGGGCAAGUAUCCUGGUGCAUAUGUAUUUUCACCUAAAAAGGGGAUCGAGAUUAAAAGACCUGUAACAGGAUUGGAUUUUGCCUCAUUGUAUCCCAGCCUCAUCAUGUCUUACAACCUCUCUCCAGAAAAAAUGAUAUUAACCUAUGAAGAGGCUGAUGAUGCGCAAAAAAAUGGAAACAUCUUACAUAAGAUUGAGUUUCCAUUUAAUGACCGCAUCAUUCAUGCUUGGUGUGUAAGACAUGAUAAUCAAUUCGAGAAGAAGGGUUUAUAUCCUAUUGUGUUAGAGGAUUUGUCCAACAAGAGAAAAGAACUUAAAGCUCAGCUUGCCUCAUUAGGAAAGAAAAAGGAGCGCCUUGGGAAAAUGAUCAGUUUAGCUAAAGAGAGAGGUAAAAGAGUUCCGGAAAGCUUAAAUUCGGAAUACUCAUCCGUAUGUUUCGAUUAUAACUGUUUGAAUUCCAAGCAGUUUGCUUUGAAGGUAUACAUGAAUACUUUUUACGGGGAGGCAGGAAAUAGCAUAUCCCCAUUCUUUCUUCGUGAAUUAGCUGGAGGGAUCACUUCUGCAGGUCAAUAUAAUAUUGGUCUUGUCGCUAAAUUCGUAUCUGGAAAAGGUUUCGGAAUAAAAUAUGGUGAUACUGAUUCUUUAUACCUCACCUGCCCAGAUAAGUAUUAUGAAAUAUGCGAUAGAGCUUUUAAUGAAGGAAAGCUUUCCAAGGAAGAAUACUGGACUGAAAUGGUUAAUAUUACUAUGGGUGUGAUGAAAAAGUUGCGCGAUCAAGUAAAUGCUUAUCUUAGGAUAGAAAACGGCACAUCUUAUCUUAAGAUGGCAUAUGAAGAAGUAUUAUUCCCUGUUUGCUUUACCGGCAAGAAAAAAUACUUCGGUGUACCACAUGAAGGGGUUGUCAAUUUCAGGCCGGAUGAACUCUUUAGAAAAGGAAUUGAUACUGUAAAGCAAGGCCAGUCCCAGCUUUUUAAAUACAUUGGGGAAAAAAUUAUGUGGGAAGCUAUGGAUAUAAAUAACACGCGCUCAAUUCAUAAAAUUGUUGAAAAUAUUCUCAGAGAGGCCAAACAUAAGCAAUGGGAUUUUGAUGAUUUUAUCGUAAUGGCUACAUGGAAGCCUAAGAAAAAAAAUCUUUGCAUCCAUCGCUUUAUAAGACGGAUGAGAGAAAAAAAUGAGAGAAUUCCUGAUCCCGGCGAACGGUUUAGUUAUGUAGUUGUCAAAGGCCCACCUCUCUAUAAUGAAAAAGGCCGAAAGGAACCGCAUAGAAUUGGAGAUUAUAUGGAAUAUGCAGACAUCGCAAAAGAGCUUAAUAUGGAAAUAGACAUCAACUACUAUUUAGAAAAAACAGUAGGAAUGUGCGCACGCUUUAUUAACGAGGAUGAUAGAUACCAACCACCACCUUCACAUAAAAUUAUGCAACUCAAAGAUUCGGAUGAGAAAGAAAAGCAGAUCGACACUUAUUCCCAGGACGAGGCAAAAAAAUGGCUUAAAAAAUAUAUAAAAGGCUUACAAUAA